UCCCCUUCGCCUUGUGCGGGGGGGAGGGAGUUUGUCUCAGCCACCCUGGACAUGAGGCCCUAGAAGAGCUCUUUACUUGGGCUCCUUCCACUUAGGCCUGGGGAGGGUUCGCCCUGGAGCGGGCGUGGCAGUUCUCCAGCGGGUUCCUUCAGGUCCCGCUGUGCAGGGCAUUAGGUAGACAAGUCUCCAGGCUUUGCAGAAUACCAGCAGGGCUCUGUGGCCUGUGGGCCCGAUCGCAGCCUUCUCCAGCGUCCCGUUCCGGCAUCUGCAUCACAACAGGGCUUUGGCCCUUUGGUUUGUUGCAGGCCCGGGAGGGCCAUGGGGUGGGGCAUUUUGCAAGUUUUUCUACAGCUUUCUUUGCUCUCCUGAUCUUUGGAAGGGGUUUCUGGCUGCUUUGGGGGGCCUUGUUGUGAGGGGUUGUUGCUGGGCUUUCGAGUUGGCUUCUGGGGUUUUUUCCUUGAGCUUUGGUAUUCCCUGGGGGUGGUUAAGGUUUUUUCCCUUCGUGCAAACCUCUCCCACAUCCAUAGGGUUGCUCUGUAGAGCAAGAAUUGGGGGUUGGCUUCUCCUUCUAAUAUUGGUUGAGGGCUUGUGGGUGUUUUCACGAUGCCCAGGAAAGCUAAGGAGAAAAAGGGUGGGAAGCCUGUUAGGCAGCCAAAAGCCCCCCCCCUUCUUCCUCGGAUGAGGAUGAUGAAGAAAUGGCCCUUAUUAGGGGCUUGAUUGGUAGGAUGGAGGCCUUGGAGAAGUCUCGCAGCGCUCCUUAUGAUAAGGGUGCUGGUCCUUCUGGCGGGGUGGUGGUGUCCCUCCUCCCAAGGUGCCUCGCAGGACCAGGGGGGCUGCCCGGAAUCAGCUUUAAAAAUCACUCUCUAGUAGGUUGGAGGCGUUGGAAAAGGGGGGGGCAGCCGGCCUGGCUCCUCCCUCAGGUCUGCAAGAUCCAUCCAUGCCUGAUGACCUGGUUCCUGGAAGGCCUGCUCCUGUGGCUCCAUUGCCGUCGCCUGAGGACCCGGCUCCUGUGCUGCCUGCUCCGUCGCUUCCACUGCCUGCUGCGCCGGUUGAACCUCCGCCUGUGGACCCUCGAGUACCGGUGACCCCGGGUGAGCCAGCAGCACCUACACCUCCCAGCGGCACCGGCCAGUGGCCCUAUGUACCCUGGCCGAUGCCAGCAAGCGGGAGUUGGGGAGUACACUCAUAUUGGCCUCCUUAUACACAUCCUUGGGGUUUAGGUCCCCCUGUUAGUAUACCGGGGGUUACUGCUGGCCUGCAAGGGGCGGCUGAGCGGGUAUGGACGGGCGCUGUGCCCCCGGGUACUCCGGUUGCCCCACCUGCAGGUGUGAUCCCUAGCCCGGUUCCAGCAAUUUCUGGUACCACCAGUCACUAUCCCAUGGGGAUUCUCCCCGCCGGUUAUCAUGCCCCAUACGGUGGCAUGGGGCUGCUGCUUGGUGACCGCUUACUGCCUGCUACCAAGGAAAAGAUUUUGAAGGGAGAGUAUAUUGACAUUUUUAGUCUCCUUUUUCGCAAGCCAGGAGUAAAACAUAAAGAAGGGGAAUCCUUUAAGGACCACGAGGCCACUAAGCGUAAGCCAGUUGAGAAGACGUGGAAUAACUGGUUGUCAGGAUUUACCAUUUAUAUGGGCGUCAUAGUUCAGGCGCAGCCUGCCCGUGGCCCGGCGCUUUUAAAAUACAUGGAUAUGAUCCAUAGGGCAGUGUCCGAUUUUGCUGGCUCCUCUUGGAUCCGGUAUGAUGAGAGUUUUUGCAUGAGGGCUGCCUUGGACCCUUCCCUACCGUGGGACACCCCUUUACAGGAAUUGUGGUUAGUUAUUAUGUCCCAGCCCCGCCCCGUAGAAGGGGAUCGGUCAGACAGUGGCCACCUGUUAUCUAGGGCAGCGGUCCCAUCGACAUCGGGCGGGGCUGGCCAGCAGUGGGUUCAACCCCACCUGGUCUGCUGGGAGUACAAUACCCACGGUAAGUGUACCUGGUCCCCCUGCCGCUUCAAACGUGCAUGCGGCGUGUGUGGGGCCAAGCAUCCUAGCUUUGUCUGCCCUAGGGCCAAGUUCAGUAGCUCAGGGUCCAAGUUCCGGCCCGGCAGCAACAACAAGAAGGGUGCCCCUCCUCCACCCCCUGCGGGGAAAGGGCCCCAGCCCCAUCAAGCUUGAUGUACUGGAGCGUUUGCUCUGGGACUAUCCGGAUCAGGUUGUGGCUGCCUAUUUGAACCGGGGUUUCCGGGAAGGUUUUAGGAUACCGUCUUCGGCCCAUCGUGGGCUUAGUAGCUCUCGUAACUUGAGGUCUGUCAUAGGUAAGGAACAGGUGGUUCUCAAGAAAAUCAAUAAGCAGGGGGCAGCUGGUAGGGUUUUGGGCCCGUUCAAGAGCACUCCCUUCCCGGGUUUGAGGGUCUCGCCCCUGGGGGUGGUCCCUAAGAAGGUACCUGGUGAAUUUGGGUUAAUUCACCAUCUAUCUCACCCUCGGGGGUCAUCAGUGAAUGAUGGCAUCCCGGAUAGUUUGUGCUCAGUACAAUACGCAUCUUUUGAUGAUGCUGUCUGGGUGGUUAGGGGCCUGGGACCAGGGGCCCUUAUGGCCAAGUGUGAUAUCAAGUCUGCCUUCCGCUUGCUGCCCGUUCACCCCAGUGAUUUUGAGCUGCUGGGCUUCGCCUUUGCCGGGCGAUUCUAUUUUGACCGUGCCCUGCCCAUGGGCUGCUCCAUUUCUUGCGCAGCUUUUGAGGCUUUCAGUACAUUUCUGGAAUGGGCAGUGCAGCGGAGGGUGGGGCUUAUAUCCACCUCGCAUUACCUAGUUGAUUUUCUUUUUGUAGGGCGGGGCUAUUCUGAGGAAUGCCAGCAUUUGCUUCGCUCCUUUAUGGAGCUGGCGGACAAGCUGGGGGUCCCUUUGGCAAGGGACAAAAUGGAAGGCCCCAUCACGAGGCUCUCCUUUUUGCGGAUUGAACUUGACUCAGUUGCUGGUUGUUCAAGGUUACCCCAGGAAAAAUUGUUGGCCCUUCUGGACCUAGUUAGGGCAGCUGGCCGAGCCCAAAAAAGUACCCUGAGUGAUUUACAAGUGUUAGUGAGCCAUCUUAAUUUUGCAUGUAGGGUGGUGGCCCCAGGUCGGGCAUUUUUGCGGCAGCUGUGUGAUAUGAUGGCUGGCCUUCAGGCCCCCCAUCAUGGGGUCAGGAUUACUGAGGGCUCUAGAGCUGACCUCUCCCUUUGGGAAUCCUUUCUGUUGGGUGUCAAUGUUGGGUAGCCUUUUGGAGGAAUGAACUGUUAGUGGAGGCUGACCUACAAGUCCAUUCCAAUGCAGCAGGUGGAGUGGGUUUUGGGGUCUAUUUUAGGGGUCGCUGGUGUGCGGCCCUCUGGCCCGUCGAGUGGGUGAGGCAAGGGUUAGGUAGGGAUCUUACGUUUCUGGAGCUUUUUCCUAUCGUAGUUGCAGUGCACAUUUGGGCCGACGAGUCUUCUAACUCGUUGGUCCGGUUCUGGUGUGACAACCAGGCAGUAGUGCAGGUCAUCAACUCACAAACCUCUCGCUCCCGGAGGGUUAUGGGGCUGGUAGGGGCCCUGGUGUUGCAGUGCCUCCGGGCUAACAUCUUGUUCCGGUCCCGGCAUGUUCCGGUUGUGCGCAACGACAUAGCUGAUGCUCUGUCUCGUUUUCAGUUGCACAGGUUCAGACAGUUAGCUCCCGAGACGGCACUGCAACCGGAUCUCAUGCCCGCCUUUCUGUGGCAGCUUGGCAGUUGGAGGCACAAUAGGCCAUAGCGGCGUCUCUGGCGCCCAGCACCAGAGCCAGUUAUGCGGCUAAGCUUCAGGCCUUUUCCUUGUUUUGAUGAUCUGAAGCUUUGGAGGAGGUUUGGCCUGUUCCAGUGUGCCAGCUGCAACAGUUCCUCGUUAUGUUACGUAGGGCGGGGCGGGCUGUGUCCACGCUUGGCGGCUACUUAGCUGCUCUGGCCUUUACAGCACAGGUAAAAGGGGUUAGUGAUUUUUCAGCGGAUCCUCGGGUACGGCGCAUGCUCGAGGGCUGGUCCAGGGAGAACCCGGGCAGCCUCGACUCUAGACAUCCUUUCACCAUAGAUUUGGUUGCCGCAGUGCUGCAGCAACUUGAGGCCUGCUGUGCUAACCAGUGGGAGGUAACUCUUUUUCGGGCAGCUGUUUUAGUCGCCUUUUUCGGCGCCUUUCGUCCAGGUGAGUUGCUACCAUGGAACAGGGGCUCCCCGAGGGACCGUUGUUUGCAAUUUUCUGAUUUGUCACUCAGUGACGGGGUGGCACAGCUUUUUCUACGCCGUUCUAAGACGGAUCAACACGGUAAAGGGCAGUUGGUGCGCUUGGCGGCUGCCUCUGACCCUGGCAUUUGCCUGGUGAUCGCCUUGCAGCGCUACGCGGCCCUCGGGCCUGCCUCAGCGGGGUGCCUGUUUGUCCACGUGGAUCAGGCACCUCUUACCCAAUACCAGUUCCUGGCAGUGGUAAGAAGGGCUUUGGUUGCAGCUGGGGUGCCGCCUGAAGGGCUCACAUUACACUCCUUCAGGAUUGGGGCAGCUACUGCAGCUUCCCGGUUGGGCCUACAAGAGGCCGUGGUACGGCGGAUCGGCCGGUGGAAGUCCGUGGCGGUCAGGCGUUAUGUGCACUGACAGCGGACUAUAUUAUCUGGAUUGAUCGAAUUUUCUUUUUGGCAGGUGCUGGUGGGGCAGCGGCUCCUGUACGGGUCCUGAUCUGUGGCCAUUCGUUGGUCUUUUGGGCCUUCAAGCGGACCAGCACCUCCCACUGGGGUUCACAGCUGGGGUUUGGACGAAGAGCCCUGGUGUAUUGGUUGGGCAUGCGGGGCAUGCUGUGGAGUCAGCUGCUCCCGGCCAUUAAGGAUCACUUAGCUAGAUUCCCUGUGCCCACCGUUCUUGUCCUUCACUUGGGUGAGAAUGACUUAGGCAGGCGGACUGGCCUGUCCAUGGUGCAGCAAGCCGCCUCUGAUUUGACCGUACUGCGCAGGUGGAUGCCCGGUGUUUGUAUCCUCUGGAUCAAUUGGCUUCAGCGCAGGGUUUGGCGCUCUGCGUUUAACAGGUUUAAGUUAGAAAAGGCCCGGCGCAAGGUUUUGGCCGCCAUAGGUAAGUUAGUUUUGGCGGCUGGGGGGGACAUCAUUAGGCAACCUGAUUUAGCAGCUCGCUUCCACGAGCUAUAUCGCCUGGAUGGUGUUCACCUUUCCAAGGCUGGGUGCGAUUUGUAUUUACGCAAUAUUCGGAAUGGGCUUGCUGCACUGUUGGAUGGCAUGGGGCAGGGAGGCCAAGCAAGGGCUGACCUCCCUGGGUGGCAGUAACAGUGCGGGCUAAGGGGUAAGUGGUUGGUUAGAGUAUGGUGAGCACCCUUGGAUAUUGUAAGGUGGAAUGGUCAAUCGCUCCUUUGUAGCCUGUGCGGCACGGGGAGAAAUUGAUUGCCAGGAAACCUGCUUAAGGAUUUCAUCAACCUUUGGGCUGUGCGGUCCGGGGUGGGUGAAGACCUUGAGCUGUCCAGAUCCCCUCUUCUCUGGAGGGCGGUUGGCUUUGAAGGAGACAGGUGGGGUAUACCCGCUUGUUUCCUGAGCCAGGGUGUGUCGCCCAUGUCAGGUGAUGAAUAGGAUGGUAGCAUCCUAGCUCACGCCUAGGGGCCCGCACUGUUCUAUGUUGGUGAUUAAUCACCUGGUUUACAGUCCGCCUAUGCCUAUUUGUUUAUUAAUAAACGUGGCCCCUUUCAUCCAUUUAACGUCUCUGUUUCUUUUUGGGCCGGGGUCUGGGGACAAUUCCCCUCCCCUUCGCCUUGUGCGGGGGGGGAGGGAGUUUGUCUCAGCCACCCUGGACAUGAGGCCCUAGAAGUGGCCUGAUUGGCCAAUUUGCAAAAAGGGGCGUGGUUUCGGCUGCAGCACGGUCGAUCCACGCCUCUACUCUUCAGUUCUUUUCAGGAUCUCCCUCCCUCCCUGAUGCAGAGCGGGUUCAGUGACUGGUCGCUUCGGGGCCAAGUAGGAAUUUUUUGCUCCCAACAUAUUGGCCUUUGUUGGGGUUUUUUCCGCCUACUCCGUUCUGUACUCAGUUGUUAGUUAGUUUUAGGUUGGCCACGUGGGCAGUAACAGUGCGGGCUAAGAGGUAAGUGGUUGGUUAGAGUAUGGGGAGCACCCUUGGAUAUUGUAAGGUGGAAUGGUCAAUCGCUCCUUUGCAGCCUGUGCGGCACGGGGAGAAAUUGAUUGCCAGGAAACCUGCUUAAGGAUUUCAUCAACCUUUGGGCUGUGCGGUCCAGGGUGGGUGAAGACCUUGAGCUGUCCAGAUCCCCUCUUCUCUGGAGGGCGGUUGGCUUUGAAGGAGACAGGUGGGGUAUACCCGCUUGUUUCCUGAGCCAGGGUGUGUCGCCCAUGUCAGGUGAUGACUAGGAUGGUAGCAUCCUAGCUCACGCCUAGGGGCCCGCACUGUUCUAUGUUGGUGAUUAAUCACCUGGUUUACAGUCCGCCUAUGCCUAUUUGUUUAUUAAUAAACGUGGCCCGUUUCAUCCA